CACUCAAACUUUGUUAAGAAAGUCCACAGCAUCGGAUAUGUAUCCAGUACGUCUUCCUAGGCGAGCAUUGUAUGACAACUCGGUUAAGGUAUCCUUUUCCAACAAAUUAUAGAGGUCUGUGAAGCAGGAAGCCGACUUUUAUAGACUACUGUGUCCUUAGGCCCCUGUUCAAAUGGGUCAUGCGCUACUAUUUCAUGUUGUUUUACUUGCUUGUUUCUUCCAUGUGCAAUUUGCAAGGCAUGUACACAACGCUUCAAAAGGCAAACAUAAAUUGAACGGAAAAUGCCUCAUCGAGCCCACAGUGGAAGACUGCAACAGUAUUCUCUUAAGCUGGAGCUACAGCACUGACACGGGAACAUGCGACAAGGGCUUUGUCUGCGCGGAGUGCGCGAACAGAUUCGAGACGCAAGAGCAAUGCAGAAUAACCUGUCCGGAGAAGCCUGUACAGAAACCAAGAUGGAAACUUACAUAUUUUUGGGACUGCAAACGUUGGCUUGUUCAUAUUAGCGACUGUCAAGGAUUCUGGUUUGAAUAUGGGAAGACCCGGUUUGGAACACUAAGCCAACAGCUGUAUUACAGCGGUUGUGGGCCAGAUAAAAAGAAGGUAUAUAAAUACGACUUCGGCCUCAAAAAAUGUCAUGUUGUGGACAAGCUUCCAGGUGGACCAUUUCACCAGACACCCAGAGUAAAACAAGAAUCCAAAAGUGAGGCUCAAGAGGCACGGCAACGAAUUCGACAAAUUGUAGAAAAUGAAACGCUGCCACCUUCACAUUCUGGGCGGCAGACUAACCCUCGUGUGCAUCUUCACAAGUGAGAUUCUGCUAAAUAAAUGGCCCUAUAUUUCAUCGUUCCUUGCACAUAACGCGGUGUUCCCACUGGCAUUCCCUACUGAACAGUCUGUAUAAGUAGAGCGCUGAACGCGAGACUACCGUCUCAGCGCUUGGCGUUCCAAUGACAACCUUAUGCGCUCAAAAUAAAGUACCUCAUUCCUCCGGCUACCGUUUUAUUAGCAACUGCACACCGACGCUUCAGUCUACAUUCGUCAUUGAAAUCACGGCUUUUGAAAAAUAUUUGCAAACCCUA